AUGGAGAGGAAGCAGCAGCCCGUCGCAUCAAAUUCGGCGACCGGCGUAUCCUUUGUUACCCCAAAUCCGUCACCGCCCACGCCCGCCAAACUCACUUUCUCCGCCGUGGAUAAGACGCCUCGGGAAGUCUCUACAUUUUCGCGGUCUUUCGAAGAAUAUUCUUUGGAGAUAUGGGACGCUGCACAAUCACAGAUGAAGUUUUGUAUCGAUGCCUUGCAGUCCAAAUGUAACAAGAACAAUGGCAAUUUUAAAGCGGAAGUCGGUGUCAAUCCCUAUGUUAGAAGGAUUUCUUCUCUCGAAAACAUCAUACGGGUCUCAGCCCACCAAUCCCCCCACGCCUCUCUGGCCUGGGUAGCCUCUUUGAUGUCUAUACGGAGCCUGCUCUAUCCUACUCUGCAGCCCCUUGCCGCCAAAUCUGGGAUUGUUUCCACUCUAUCAAAGAUGGAAUGGUAUCUCAUGCUGUCCGACCUCGUCUUGCAGCAUGGUGACUUGGACAGAGAAAACCCACUGAAGAGUCAAAGCGGCAGCACUCAUCGGCUUGUACAAGGCCAUUCUUCAUUAUCCUUUUUCAGUGCUGGAAUCAUCCAAUUAUUUAAGCCAGGGUCACUAGUAGAUUCGGAUUCAUCAGCCAUGAAGCAGACGACCUACCUUGAAAAACUCCUGGCAAAGCUACACGUUGUGUUCGCCACCACGGCGCGAGAGUACUUUGCCGACUCACAGGAUUUCUACGCCAUGUCCCUGGUCCUCUACAACCUGAUACAGGAUCCUGAACUUCCCCGGACAUACUUUGUAAUCGACGCAAUUGAACGGCUCUCCGGGGAUAUAGAUGUCAACCUCACAGCUCCACCCAGUUACACGGACACGGGCAAACCGGGCUCUAUGGAACUUUCGGACAAGGUUCGGUGGAUGCUGUCUCUCGAUACCGAGAGCUGUGACGCAACGUUGGCCGCUGUGGACAAAAGCAUGCAGCUCCAUCUAACUAUCAACUCGGCUACACCGCAUGUUCGCAAAAUUGCCCUCGAACACGCGGCUUCCAAGGUCGCCGCGACUGCUGACUCCGUAAGCUAUAGCGGCACGCUCCGUGAAGCCGUCGUGCAGAAACUUCAAGAGGUACCAUCUGGCAACUUCUUAUGGAACGCCCCGGAUAUUCUGGACACGCUGACCAAAGACACGCCAGAUGUGGAAUCUAUGUAUCGGCGGGGCUUUGAAGCUAUCGGCCACCUCGGAGACGAAGCCAAAAGUUACUGCGACGAUAUUCUCUCGACCGCAGCCAUAGCGUGGCGGCCGCUUCGCAUCACCAUCAAUGUCUGGGACGUUUCCACCGGUCGAUUGUUGAAGUGCUUGAAAAGAGUCGAGGAGAAGGAGGCGGGAGAAGACUAUGCGCCUGAUUCUUCACAACAAAGCGAGUCCUCUACCAUGUUUGAUGUCUGGGAUAUCACCAUCACCCCCUCCGGAGACAAGCUUGCCGCUGCCAUAAGCAACGCCGUGCAUGUCUGGGACCUCUGCAGGUUUCAAAAGAUGGCAGUGUGGUCAGACACGAAUCACGUGGGCAACGAUAUAAGGCGUGUCAGGUUCUCUGCCGAUGGUGAAUUUUUAGCUUCCUGUGCAGCUUCAGAGAUAACCAUCUGGAGUGUGCAGACUGGCUGUCCGCUUCGCAAACCAUCGCACCGCGCGCAUAUGGCGGACGGAGACAGGACACUACAACUACCUCUAUUUGCGUACGAGAGACCAAAAGAUGCGCUUGCCUUUUCAACCGACUCGAGAUUUCUCGCAUCAUGCGGGAAUGGCCCGACAGUGCGUAUUUGGAACCCCAAGUCUGGCGAGAUGCUAGCAGAGUUGGCGUGCGGUAAAGCACAUGCAGUCAUCAACAGCGUCUCGUUUUCGCCCAAUAGCUCUCGAGUGGCUACGGGAUGCUAUGACGGAACUAUAAAUGUCUGGAAAUCGGCGUCGCCUGGGAACUGGGAAAGCGGGGAGAGACAGACUCAGCCGAAACGAGUUCUGGACGAUCCCGGGCGCGUCCCUGUGUCGGUCUCUUUUGCUCCUCAUGAUAACCGACUGGCAUAUAGGGACUACGAUGCAGUAAAGGGCGGAUUAUAUGGAUGUCUACGAAUCUGGGAUGUGGCCGCGGACAAUGAAACGACGAGCGCGGCCCUGCUAACCAAGUCCGUGGCCGCCGGGACUGAGAAUCAGCACCCUAUGACGCUUAUGGCCAUAUCCAUGGACGGAAAAAAAGAUUGCGCCGAGCAAACGAUAGAAGCGAAGCAUCAUCUUCUUUCUGAGCAGGGGGAUAAGGACUGGAUCAGGGCCAUUGCCGUUUCUCCUAAUGGGGAGUGGAUAGCGACAGCGUCGCACGGUGACACGGUGUGCCUCUGGAAUAUUUCCGCUUCGGCACAAUCCAGCAACAGGAAGAGUGGUGCGUUAGACAAAGACAGGAUCGUGGCUGGAGAGUUGUGCGGUCACAGAGGCUCCUAUUUGAGCGUAGCUUUCUCUCCCGACGGCAAACGUUUGGCCUCGACGGGAACCGAUUUGCGUGUCCUGAUAUGGAAUGUCGACGGUAACAACGAAGGGGAGAACAGGCCAGUCGUGCACAUGUCGAAUCCCCACAUUCCCACUCUCCCCAAAGGGGUGGUGUUCUCAGCCGAUGGCAGCAGAGUGAUAUCGGUCUUGUCCGGCGGCACCGUAGCUGUUUGGAGCCCGGAGCAUCAGCAAUGCCGCCUGGUAGUGGAUGCCACUCAUCUUUACCAUUGGCCAUUUAGGUCGAUGCGCAUCGACCCAGACCAUCCAGACGUGCUGUUGACCGAAUACGGCGCCUGGCCUGUCGAUAUUAGCCAAGCGGCCCUGGACAGAGCCGUGGAAGCACAGUUGGCGUCCUGGCCGCCAUCCGAGCCUGAAUCCCCCAUGGUGUUGCGAAUGCCGCCAAUGCCAAUGCGCCCGCCCGCCAGGGCCGCCUUUGGCCUGACAGGCAAUUGGCUGGGUCGACAUUGGCUUUUAGGCAGCAGGGAACCAGACAUGUUUGAACUAGGUUGGGAGGGAGAGACAGGAGAAUGCAUACCACCCGACCAUUGCUCGCCUACCUGA